AUAAUAAUAAUAAUAAUAAUAAAUAGAGGUUCACUUCCUUGAGAUUUCACCUUCUCCCGUGCGAGGUGGAAAGCAGGACAUACUGUUCAAUUGAAGCAAACUCCAUAACUACCUAACUCGGCCUAGUAAUUGAUAAUGCAUCUUGGUUAGCUCCUCGGAAUGUGCUUACAGACAAAGUCUGGGGAUACCUGAAAUACAAUGCCGCCGCUCAGUCUCGAAGACCUGAAAACAGUUGUUUCUGCGCUGGCGCAGAAGCUUGAUUCAUUAAAUAUCGACUAUGCCAUCAUGGGGUUGCUGCCACCUCUCCUCACAUGCUUCCCGAACCAACUCGGGCACACCAUUCCUGCAUACAAACUGCACCGACCAGAAGGUACGUCGUCCAGUUGGAGAAGCUCGAAGUAUUUGACUCCCAAAUCUGGCCUUAACGUCCCAGUACAGCAUUCGGGUCGCUACAUGGAAGACGUCCAGUAUCAGCGGUCGAGGGAAGCAACCGAUAUUCGUGAUCUCAUGAAUAUGAUCCCCUUGGCUGUGCCGGGGAGACCAGAGCUCGACUUGAAUCAGAGCCAAGAGUUGCGAAAUGAAAAGAGGCCAGCUUUGGCUCAGGCUCUAAAGGCUUUGAAAGAUCAAAUGCAGCACUAUUUUCCAAAACUAGAACGCUUUUCUGCCAUUCUCUUAAACCCAGUUAUUGACCGAGCGAUAGAGUUUCACGAAGGUAGAAGUUUCCAAAACCCUCCUUCAGCCAGUUGUCAAGUUCAUAUGGAGCUUGCCAUCUGUGGUGGUCUUCUGGGACGCUACGGUGUGCUACGGAUGUUACUGCAACCUGUUACCUGGGAACGCCAAUGGGCUCUUUGCCGGAGCCGAGGCGCUUUGAAAUGCGCCGUUCAAUGGGGCCAAAAUUGGCCUCAUGGAUCCAAAGUUGGUACUGUACCAUUCCACUACCUACUUAUCCGAACAAUGAUCGAGAUCAUCAUUCUCGAACCUCUACAUAUCCUCAUCAGGGAUACGCAGCACCUCAGUGUCUCGCCCCACACAGAAAAACCAGCAUCCCUCUCUUCAUCAAUCGCGGCCCUAACAAAGCUUUCAGCCAGUGUCUGCACCAACAGGUAGUGUAAAUUGUUGUAGACAUCAAAUUGCUCUGUUAUCACUGUAUAUCAGUAUAUCAUGUGUUGUUUGAAGGGCAGGAAAUGUCUUUCUUCUAGAGCAUGGUGUGCAAAUGAAUUUGGAAAUAGAUACACCUGCAAGCCUUUUUCCACUGGAUCACCAUUGUGGAUCAUCAAAUACUGCACAAGACUGAUCCAAGCAUUUGUAGUUGGUGUUUAUUCCCUUCAACAUCUGU